AUGUUCUCAGCGAUUGCAUACAGACUAUCCACUACAUUUCUUGAAGAGCAGCAGGUGUGCGGUGCAUCAUCCAGCGCGAUGUCGAAGAAGCCGGCGGCGCAGCCCACGCUGCACAAGGUGAUCAUGGUGGGGUCCGGUGGCGUCGGCAAGUCUGCGCUCACGCUUCAGUUCAUGUACGACGAGUUCGUCGAGGACUACGAACCUACCAAGGCAGACAGUUACCGGAAGAAGGUGGUCCUGGAUGGUGAGGAGGUCCAAAUCGAUAUUCUGGAUACAGCAGGACAGGAAGACUACGCGGCGAUUAGGGACAACUAUUUCCGAUCCGGCGAAGGGUUUCUCUGCGUUUUCUCCAUCACUGAACCCGAAAGCUUUGAUGCCACGCAAGAAUUCAGGGAGCAGAUCCUGCGUGUGAAGAACGAUGAGAGCAUCCCGUUCCUGCUGGUGGGGAACAAGUCAGACCUGGGUGACAAGCGACGAGUGCCGCUCGACGCGUGUCGCGAACGAGCGCAAGCGUGGCAGGUGCCCUACGUGGAGACCUCCGCCAAGACUCGCGACAACGUGGAUAAGGUGUUCUUUGACCUGAUGCGCGAGAUCCGCUCCCGCAAGUCUGACGACAGCCGCACCGCCAACGGCAACGUGCGAGACAAAGUCAAGCGGAGAAAAAUCAAGUGCGCCAUUUUGUAG